AUGUUGCAUCCGGAAGCUAGAGGAAGGGGUACUCAGUUUGCUGCAGACUAUUAUGAAAGUUUUCAACAAAGGCCUGCUACGAGCAGUUCAACAAAUUGCGGCCCUCUUCCCUUCUUCAUUUCGAAAGGUUUUUUUUUAAUUGAUUAAUUUUGUAUUUAUAUUUUAAGAUGAGGAGUAUUUGUUGCACCCCGAUCCCACACGACCGGCCUUUCUUCCAGAUGACUUUGUAAGGCAAUUUUUGAAAGAGUCUUUCAAUGACAAUGAAAGCACGAUUUCAGAAAUUUCCGGUAUGUUUUGUCUUUUUUACACAAGGUGCACAACUUUUUAAGAUCAAGAGAAUGUUGUCGAUACAACUCAAAUUGUGGAGGAGUUGAUGCGGACCAAUGAAGAAUUCAUACGAGAUGCAGCAUUGAAACAGGUUUCCAAAAUUCGCUCACUAUUUCUAAAUAUUAAGUUAUUUUAGGCUACGACAAGAGCAAUUAACGAAACGGCGAUACAAUUUGAAAAUCUUGUCCCUCUUUCUUUCGACCAAGAUCAGCUUGUUAGGCAAGCAGAGCAAAAAAACGGAAUUCUAAAAAAGAAAUAA